UGGAUUCAAUUUUGUCAACUCUAACUUACGUGUUGUUACCACUUACCCUUAAGGUUGCUUUACCAGACAAAAAUUAAAUGUAUUUAUUUGUUAACAACCACAAUGUCUUUCUUAUAAUGCUACUAAAUAAAGCAAAACUCACAUAAAUGCAAGAUGUAAGAUUAAGACUCUAAUAGUUUUCUACAUAGCUUAAUUUCACUUUACUUUCAAGUUUUUUUAGCCAUCUUCCUUAUUGCUGUUGAUAGUUCAUAUCAAUACGUGAAUAUGGAUCGUGACAAAUACAGCGGAGAUGGUAUUUUCUCUGAUGUCAGCGAACAAGAAAGUUUUCACAAACAAGAAAAUAAUCCUAAGAAAGAUGAAGAUGAUACUAGUAUUGAAAAUGAAAAAGAAGAAAUCUUUAAAAGUGACGAAGCACCUCCAGGAGCGGUUGAUGAAGAUCCAUCAUUGGAAGAUAGUCAUGAAGAAGGGCUUGGCGAGAGUGAUACGUCAUCAAAUGAGGAACCACGUGAGCUGCAUAACGGAGAUCAUCUUGGCCAUGGAGAUAUUAUGUUCCGCAAAGGGGAGGAAGAAGCUGAAUUUGGAAGAAAAACAAGUGGAGAUGAAGAGUCAGACGAGCAAUCGAGAGAUGCCACAAACGAUCUUAAUAAGAGAUGGUCAAUGCCUGUUCCCUACCAAAUUGAAGGAAGUUUAGGCUCUAGUGCUAGAUCUGCGAUUUCACAGGCCAUAGCUGAGAUACAAUUAAAGACCUGCAUCACAUUUCGUCAAAAGCAAUCUGGAGACAAUGAUUACAUUUCAUUUUUUAAAGAUACGAAUCGUUGCUGGAGUUUUAUUGGAAAAUCCGGUGGCAAACAGCAAGUAUCAUUAGGAUCAGGAUGCGAACAUAAAAAUACUGCCAUCCACGAAAUAAUGCACGCUUUAGGUUUCUGGCAUGAACAGUCAAGACCAGAUCGAGACAAUUACGUCACAGUCCAUUUAAGUAACGUGAAAGCAGGUGAAGAACAUAAUUUUGACAAGAAGUUAGCCAAUAAAGUCACAACAUUCGGCUUUCCCUACGAUUAUGAAUCCACAAUGCAUUAUGACAAAUAUGAUUUUUCAAAAAACGGACGUGCAACAAUCACAGGGAAGAACAAUCCAAAUCAAAAACUCGGUCGAUGUUCAUCAUGUGGAAUGUCAAUCAUCGACGCUGACCAAUUAAAUGCUAUGUACUGCUCAGCUGUUCAAUCCAAUCUCAAUCGUGACACGUUGAGAACGCAAAUGGCACGUUUAGUGGCUGGACAUUCUGGGCAAUCGAAUGAUGUUUUCAGACAUGACGUCCUAAAUUUUUUGAAAAAGGUUUACCCGAACUACAACUUCAUGGUCAACGCUUAUAACGCUGUUUCUGGCUACGACACACACGCAUAUAUCGGAAAGUGUACGCAUAUCUUCCGAUCAUACAACAAGAACCUUGUUGUUUGUUAUUCAAGAAAAACAUCUAGAUUUCCGACUGCUGCAAAACAGUCCGAGAUUGUUUCAGCCACAUUGGCCACCAUAGUUAACAAGAACUGCGACGCAAAAUGGGCGCGCGACACUGCAUGGAAAAAAGCCACAUCUUACGGAUAUCCAAUUGCUGGUAUUGAAGUUGUUAGAUUCGGCUCUGGAUUGAGAACAGCCUCGCAUGGUCCUUUGCGCUUCAUCAAUUACAAAUGUCACAAAUGCACUGGAUGGUGGGCACACAAGAAAUGCAACAACAAUCACGACUCAAGCUUUGUGAUUAUGUUUGGAUAAAGAAGACGCUAUUAAUUAAUGCACUUGUUUGUUACUCACCCGUCAAGGACUUAUAAUGUGUAAUUCACGGACAUUGUUAUCAAAAUGCAUCGUUCCACUGGAUUGGAACUUCUUGAUUGUACCUUCCUUUAAUAAAA